UUAGUCUGCUACGAAUCUUAUGCGUGCGGAAGGUACGCGUCUUACUUUUCGGGUAACACGCGAACAUUGAGACAUUGUACGUUAUUAUAUUCUUUUCCGAUAAUAAAGAUGCAAGUUCUUCUUCCGAUUCUCCUCGUCGCGAUCGCGACGGUGAUCGCCGAGAAAGACGAAUCCUGGACCUGGGGCGAUGAUAAACAGAAGACGAGCCGAGCCGCCGAGGCCAGGUAUCAAGUGUACGAGCCUUCUGAAAAUCUGGAAGGUUUCAAUAAUAAUGGCGUCAAUUUAGGCUUUAGGCCUCAAAACCCGGGGCCUUACGGUCCCAACGGUGGACCGCUCAUACCGGCAUACCAAGGUAAUAACGGCGUUCUCGUGGGCCCCGGUGGACCAACCGGAAUAAUUGGCAGACCGCCGCGUUAUAACCCGCACAGACCCGAUGGUAUCCUAGAUUCGGUGCCCCCCUGGAUAAGAGACGAUCCCCGUUAUCGCGAGUUCGAUACCUGCAAGUGCAGAUACAGCUUCAAUUGCCCGUCGCCCGGCUUGAAAUUCGGCCACUGCUCGAGGGACAAAAAGUACUGUUGCUUCAACAGCAAAAGAUUCCCAGGACUGUUGGGAGGACAAAAUUAUCCAUAUUAUCCCGGUGCGCCGCACAAGUACGGACCGAGCGGUUUCGCGCCGACGAAUUAUUACGGCAAUCGCAGACCGUACGGCGGUGGCUACCAGCAUCCGUCUUCCGGUGACUAUUAUCCGGGACCCUAUGGCGGCGCUUAUGGUCAUCGUAAUGAGUUCGAGCCAUACGGCUACGACGGGGAACCUGACGAUUAUGCGAUCUACGGGCGGUCGUUGGGCAAGAAUCAGACGCAGGAAGCAAGCGGGAAGCCAAAGACGGACGAGGAAAUCAAGAAGCGGUGAUCGUAUAAAUAAUAUUCUCGAUCGUUUCAUCGAUCGCGUUCUUCACUCCCGAUGGAGAUGCCAAAGAUGCGACAGAUAUAUAGGUUUUCCUCCCUUUACAUCGAACAAUCGUGUAAUUAAAUAAAGACGCAAAUCGAGUCUUUUGCGUCGAUAAUUAAUUUGAAUAUAAUUGUCUUCGCAUAAUUUAUUGUUAAUUGCAAACAUUAGUAACGCGCCGCUUUCGAAUUAAUAAAAUGCGCAUUGCUAUUCCUUUGGAAACAUUUUAGAAUGGAUUCUCUUUAAUCGACGAUAGUAAUAUCAAUGUGAAUAACAAAGUUUCUCGAUUUAAAA